AUGAGCACCAUUGAAGCUCUGUACAUCUUUGAUGAACACAACACACCUCUCCUCGAACACACAUACAUCGGCCGCCCACCCGCCAGCAGCACACUGCUCCCGCUCUACCUCUCACAUCCCGACCCUCGCCCGUCGCUGAUAUACCUGCCGAACACAAACCCGCCCACGCUCCUCUACUCGAUAAUACAGGACCAGCUGCUCUUCCUGUGCCCCUGCUCCUCUGACACGGAACCGCUACAGGUCCUCGAGUUCCUGCACCGCGUCGCAGAUGUGCUGGAAGACUUCCUCGGCUCGCCGCUGCUGGCGAGCAAGAUCGAGGCCAACUACGACGUCGUGGCACAGCUGCUGAAUGAGAUGGUUGAUGGCGGCAUCAUUGCGUCCACGGAACCGAAUGCGCUGCGCGAUGUCGUCGAUGCGCCCAACUUCAUGAAGAGCUUGCUGGGAGGUUUCUUUGGCGCCUUCUGCGACGCCAUUCUCGCUGUCUUCGAGACCGAGUCCACGGCUGGGGCCGACGAAUACUGCUGCACAUAG